AUGUUGAGGCAAGCCUACCUAGUGUACAUUGGUAAGCUUACGACAGCGACAGACUGGGCAGGCGCGGCGGCGAGGAAGCUUCGCGAAUCGCAUGUGAAAGCGCCGUCACCUCCGUCUUUUCUCUCCCUGCAACAAAACACAGCAGGAGCCAGCCCUGUCCACAGCCACCAUUGCGUUCCUCCUGAAGGUACAAUCAAGAGUCAGGCAGAUGCAUUCGGCCUUGACGUACGAGCCGGUCGCCCGGUAGGUACUGAGGCGCCAUCAAGGNUCACCAAGGCACGUGCUGCCACCCUCCAACUGCCCCAUGGCCCUGUCCCCCUGCCCAUCUUCAUGCCCGUCGCAACACAGGCCUCACUCAAGGGCCUGACUCCCCACCAACUAGAAGAGACCAGUUGCCGCUUGUGCCUGAACAACACCUACCACCUCCUGGCCNAAGCUACCCUCGAUGCUAUCGGCGGUGCCCACAAACUGCAGUCAUGGCCUCACAACAUCCUCACAGACAGCGGAGGCUUCCAGAUGGUCUCGCUGCUCGAACUGGCCACCGUCACCGAAGAAGGCGUCCGCUUCCUGAGCCCUCACGAUCGCUCUCCCAUGCUGCUGACCCCUGAACACUCCAUCUCGCUACAGAACAGCAUCGGUUCAGAUAUCAUCAUGCAGCUCGACGAUGUCAUUGCCACCACUUCACCCGACCACGCACGCAUCGACGAAGCCAUGCACCGCAGCAUCCGCUGGCUGGACCGCUGUAUCGCCGCCCACAAGAAGCCAGAAUCUCAGAACUUGUUUUGUAUCAUCCAGGGAGGCUUGGACGUGGAGUUGAGGAAGCAAUGCUGUAGACAGAUGGUGCAACGAGAUACCCCGGGCAUUGCCAUAGGCGGACUCUCGGGCGGGGAGGCCAAAGAGGAGUACUGCAAGGUCGUCAGCACGUGUACGGAUCUGCUGCCAGACAACAAACCUCGCUAUGUCAUGGGUGUGGGAUAUCCGGAAGAUUUGGUUGUCAGCGUUGCUCUGGGUGCAGACAUGUUUGACUGUGUAUGGCCCACACGCACAGCAGUGAGUCUGCCUCUGUUCCUUCUCUCUCUCUCUCUCUCUCUCUCUCUCUCGCUCUGCAUCUCAAUAGCUGAUCACUCCCUCUCGCGAAACAGCNGCUUCGGCAACGCCAUCACCUCCACCGGCGUCCUGAACCUGCGCCACGCCUCCUACGCCGACGAUUUCUCUGCAGUCGACNCCCACUGCACCUGCACAAUCUGCCGUCCUACCUCCUCAGGUGGCUUAGGUUUGACCCGCGCCUACAUCCAUCACGUCGCCGCCAAGGAAACUGCCGGUGCACAUCUGUUAAGUAUACACAAUGUGCACUAUUUGCUUGACCUGAUGCGUCGCAUUCGAGAAGCCAUUAUUGCAGACACCUACCCUGCGUUUNUGCGACAAUACUUUAGAACGUUGUAUAAGGGCGACAAGGAAAAGUAUCCUGCGUGGGUUAUCGAGGCAUUGAGGGGUGUGGGUGUGGAUUUGAUGCAAAAUUAA